AUGCCGAAGAAGGGAGGAAAGAAGAACAACAAGAAGAAGGGAGCUGGCGGAGGCGGAGCUAAAGUCCCGGAUGUGAAGAACGUCAUAAGCCCCGGUCACAAAGAAGAGGAUAAGCUCCUGUACGGCGAGGGAACCGCUGCAGAGACGACAACAGAGACUGGACAAGCAACAGCAAGCGGAUCGGCUGCCGCCGAAGAUGCUGCCCCAGUUGCGACAGCCCUGGAGACACAAGAGGCUUCGGCGCAAGAUAUAACUAAGACGGAGCCGACUGCUGCAGUACCGGAGAAGGAGGUAGCGCUACCAGUGCGCGAGAAAGACAUCGUUUCGACCGAGGCGACUAAUGAGCAACGAGGCGAGCGAACAGAGGCAUUGGCCGCUGCUGCACCAAUCGGGCCCACCGAGGCUGCUCCAAAGGAAGCUCCAAAGGAGACCACGAUCGCCGAACCUGAACUCGAACAUCCAGCUACUUCUCGUUCUACAGAGCGCGCGGAUCUGGUGGCGGCUACACAAGGCAAAGCAGAGCCAGCCGCUUCUACGACAACUGAUGUCUCAGAAGCUAUACCGGAGGUGACUAAGAAGGAGCAGGUUCCUAUAGAGAAAACCGCCGGUCUUGUCACAGCUGGAGGAGCUGCAGCAGUUGGCGCGACAGCAUUAGCAGGAGUAAAGGCUGAAGAGGGUCGAACACAGCCAGCUCCAUCUGCGGUGGACAAAGCGGAGACGGCAAACAAGACACCCGCUCCGCUUGCUGAAGAAAAAACACAAGGCACCGAGGUUGCUACAGCUGCUCCUCUUGUUGCACCACACAUCAAGCGGGCUCACGAGGUACCAGCAUUUGUUACUGAAGAGCGAGAUCAACCAUCAAAGAAGCCGCGUGUCGAUGAGCCUGUGGAAGCUCAGCAAAAACUGGCCAUUCCCGGACGUUUCCCAUCACCAUCAGUAGCUGGGUCAACAGCAUCUGGAACAGACAGCGCCAUUGCUUCAGAGGCACAGAAUAUCAGCAAAGGGGAGACAGUCGCAGGGAAGCCCGAGACGGCCGGCAUUGUAACAGCUGCUCCAAGCACUCAACCAGCCUUCAGAAAGGGACCAACAGAGGCGACCGCUGUUGCACCAGCAGCUGUACCCGUCACUACCAAAGACACCAAGACAGAGCAAAUCAGCACAGCCGAUACCGGCGCCAGCGCUGGCACUGCAGUUUCUGCUGCAUCGCCGGCUGGAGAAAUCUCGGCACAGAGAGAACCUGCCUUACCCGCCACUCCUCAGAAAGUCGAUACAACAGCGAAGCCGACUAGUCCUGCGGCGGCGGCAGCAGCAGCAGCUUUCCGCGCACAGCCAACACCAGAACAACAACAAAAACAGCAGGAAGCUGCUGCUACCAGGACCGCCGAAGAAGUGACUCAUUCCAAGCAAGCGCAACAAGCACCAGCUCAAAAGGAAGCCAAAAAGGGAGGAUUCAUGGCUUGGAUCAAGCGCAAGUUUAAAGGAGAAAAGCCAACCACUGCUACUACAAACGGCAACGGCCAUUGA